AUGAAAUGGUUCCGAGCGGUAGAGCUUUUGCACAUUGGUCGGAUUGUUAGCUUUGUGGCCAGAUUAAUGCCCUAUGAAUAUGGUCUAGAUUUCCAGUUCCAGUUUAUGCAUGAAAACGUCUCUGGUUGCAGCCGACACAAUGUAGCGAAUGUCUUUUUCCUAUAUCCAGUGAAACCUGUUGGACUCUGGACCAAUCCUAGUGCAUCUGAUCAGGUUCUGGAAGCCGUCGCCUCCACGCUGCAGUCCUAUCCUUUCAGUUUCCGAGGGGCCAAGAUCCUGUCGGGUCAGGAUGAGGGGCUUUUCUGCUGGGUCACUGCCAACUAUCUCCUGGAAAAGUUUAAUCAAGCCGUCGUGUGUCCCAACAUUUUAGACUGUCCGCUACACAGGAGGGAAGUCUGCCCUCCGGGCUCCUCAGAGUGCGGCCCUUGCAUUUUCGGCUACAGAGAAACGGCCGAUGGAAAAUGUGUGAGAGCAGUGCAAGACCGUGGCCCAGAAUCCGAGAUUGACUAUAUGGCUGCCAAGCUUGCAGUGAAUCGUCCUCCCAUUUACGAGUUAGCACAAGUUAACUCAACACCAUCGCAGGCUCCUCCUCCCCCCAAUCCACCUGCAGGACGCAGUAAUACCCCGGGGGCGCCUAGAGAAUCCAAAAGACCUAACGAUGCUGUAUUACUAGGGGUGUUCGUCGGGUGUGCCGCGGCUGGUCUCCUGGCUUUGCUUGCUGCUGGGAUAUGUUGGUGCAGGAUGCGUAAGGAAAUGAAGCUGACGGAAAAGACGGAUUACCCUGCAUUUAAGCAGUCGCCUCCUCCACCAUAUGACAAGACCCCGCCCGGGGAUAAGAAGUUGGCUCAGAAUGCUCAGAUGUAUCAUUAUCAGCACCAGAAACAGCAGAUGAUAUCGAUGGAGAAAAAUAAAGAUGAGCUUAAACACCCAGACUCGGCCGUCACGUCAGACGAAGAGAAUGAGGACGGGGACUUCACGGUGUACGAGUGUCCGGGACUAGCCCCGACGGGAGAGAUGGAAGUGAAAAACCCGCUGUUUGACGACUCUUCUCUCCACCACUCGGCUCACCACCCUCACUAGCAACCUCUUGCCUCUGCCGCCAGACUUGUACACAAACCAAAACCUACUUCCCAAAACAACAACAAAAAAGGGAGUUCAGCAAAAAAAGAAAAAAACACAUUUUGAGAUGUCCCUGAAUGCAAUCAUCAAUAUGUUGCAAAAGACUAAUUAUCCGCCAAGCUCUACUCGACUAUUGGCGACAAACCCAAGACUGUUAAAUAGGUGACCAGAUUAUGCUUCGUCCAGAUAGAAUUUAUUUUAUUUUUUUGGCUUAGAAUUUCUCUUCUCUGAGGACUGGGGAUGGAUUUCCCUUUACCUCAAAUCGUAUGAGCCUACCGGCGGCUGUUAUCAGGUGAUGGAUAAAACCAGCCUCAGAAUCCGAAGAUCUAGGGUUCUAGAUCACUGGACCAACCGCACGGACCGGCCAGACCUGAGGCCAGAUCCGCAGCUUGUGAUUUGAUAUUAGUUCAUAUGCCCAGAGCUGAAGAAACGUAUGAUUGUCUGUUUUUCCUUAAGAUACAUUUGCACUUUUAUAUAUGUAAAAUUGUGUAUGUAAACGCUAUAUCCGUUAUUCCGAUUCCGUUUCACGGUGUACCUCCUGUUCUCAGACCAGUAUCACCAGUUAUGUUCCGUUUCGUUCCAUCCCAGAAAAUGAUUUGAUAAAGGUAAAAUGCAUACGUCCAAAAGAA